UUCCGCUUCCCGCAGUCAAGUUUGGGCUGCAGGUGCGUCAUCUAGUUACUGAGGGUGAGACAGGCUUUGCCGGCAGCUUAAAGGGAAUUUCCUUCAGCAAAGGCCAGAUUCCUUUGCUCUGUCAGAUCCGCAGUUGCGGGCAAUGGAGGACUUCAACUUACACUACAGGUUCCUAAAUUGGAGGAGAAGAAUAAGGGAGAUAAGAGAGGUGCGAGCAGUACGUCAUCAAGAGAGGUACAAACGCAUUCUUGUCGAUGGAGACAUACUGAGUUACCAUGGAAACUCAGAUGAAGUUGGUUGUUACGUGGCCCCUCGUCCUUUGACCAAGGAGAACAAUUAUUUUGAGGUAUGUAUAGUGGAUACUGGUGUAAGAGGGACCAUUGCAGUAGGAUUAGUCCCUCAGUAUUACAAACUGGAUCACCAGCCAGGAUGGCUUCCACAUUCUGUUGCCUACCAUGCAGAUGAUGGCAAGUUGUUUAAUGGAAAUGGAGUGGGCCAGCAAUUUGGGCCGAAGUGUUUUACAGGUGAUCGAAUUGGCUGUGGCGUCCACCCAGAAUCCUUCGACAGAGGAAUGGCAACUGUAUUUUUCACAAGAAAUGGAAAAGAGGUGGGGUCAGUAGUGAUGGCCAUGUCUCCAGAUGGAUUGUUCCCGGCAGUUGGAAUGCACUCUCUUGGAGAAGAAGUUCGGAUUGACUUUCAGGUAGAAUGGGGCCUGGAUGAGGAUGACACUGUCAUGAUGGUCGACAGCCAUGAAGACGAGUGGGGCCGUUUACACGAUGUUAAAGUUUGUGGAACACUAUUAGAAUAUGUUGGCAAAGGGAAGAGCAUCAUGGAUGUCGGUCUAGCACAAGCAAGGCAUCCCCUCAGCACCAGAAGCCAUUAUUUUGAAGUGGAGAUCGUUGAUCCAGGUGAAAAAUGCUACAUUGCCUUGGGACUGGCAAGAAAGGACUACCCAAAAAACCGGCAUCCAGGCUGGAGUCGAGGAUCAGUGGCUUAUCAUGCAGAUGAUGGCAAGCUUUUCCAAGGAAGUGGAGUGGGAGAUCCCUUUGGCCCUCGCUGCUACAAGGGUGAUAUCAUGGGUUGUGGUAUCAUGUUUCCUCGAGAUUAUAUUUUAGACAGUGAUGCUGACAGCGAUGAUUGUGUUGAUGCUGCAGAAGUGAAGCCCAAACAGAGGCGUGUGAGGAACAUCAUGUAUUUUAAUGAUGAGGAGGAAGAGGAUGAAGGAGAGGAAAUGGAACAAGAAUAUGAUGGAAAGAAAGUAACAGUAUUUUUUACUCGAAAUGGAAAGAUAAUUGGCAGGAAGGAAGCACCAGUACCAUCUGGAGGGUUCUACCCCACCAUCGGAAUGCUUAGCAACGGCGAAAAGGUUAAAGUUGAUCUGCAUCCUUUAAGCGGCUGAGCUGUUCAUCCACUUCUUCCUGAACACAGCAUGUUCUUCUUCCUACUGCCACCUACUGGCUGGGAUGGAGCCCCUAACACCACAAAGGGUGCGCAAUAUUGACCAUUAUAUUUGGCCAUUUUAUGUAACUCUGCGAUUCCAUUGGUGUAUUUAACAAACAGUUCCAUAGGACAAGUGUCUAUUUUGAUUGUUUUCCUUCAUUAUCUGUUAAAUCCUGCUUUAAAACACUAAAAAUCCAUUGCAGCUUUCAAAUCUUUUGCAGUUACUAUAUCCCAAUAUUAAUUACCUCAAUUGCACACCCGUGGCAUUUGAUAAGACCAGUUCCUGAUGCUGCUGUCUAUGUGCACAUUCAGAGCUAUUAAACAAUCAUUACUAGACGGCAAAACAUAAGAAGAUCUGAAUUGGUUUCCUCCUUGUUUGCUGUCGGCAAGCUGCUUUCAAAGGAAUGUUUUCAAGGAGUCUGCUCCUGCCUGUCAGUACAGCUCUUCAGUGUCCUGUAACCAGCAGAAUACAAAUUCACUAGCUCUUGACCUGAGAUCCAUGAUCAUCAGGGAACACGCAGAUAUGAACUGUCCACUCCCCAUACCAGGUUCUGUGUAGAGUGCCUUACCCACACUACUAACAGGGCUGCCCAACUGACCCUGUUAUUAUCAUCACUGUGGUAGCAAUCAUUACAACCCAGCAGCACAAAGUAAGGUGAGUGAUCCAGUUAGGAAAUAGCCCCACUAAUAUCUGCCCUUUUCAGUUGGUAUUGAUCUAUCUGCUGCAAAUGAGCGCUCCUGUUCUUUCCUUCUAUUGUACCAUUGGUACCAGUCAGUCUGUAUUGUUGUAAUGCUACCAAUAGUAUGCUGUUUCUCAGUUUGUAGCCCUGAUAUUUCGUUGGUGCACCUGCACGAUACUGGGAAAGAUGUGAAGCUUUGGUCAGAAGCUUUGUGUUGCUAUUGGAGCAUGUAGAUACAGUUAAUGUACACUAAAAACACUCUGGGGGGAACUGAAGUCCUUGUCAUUGAACUCUGGAAGUAUCAGGAUGGUGUCAUACAGAGGAGGACUUUAUAUGACACAGUCCUCACCAUAGUUCAGCUACAGAUGCUCCUGCUUAUACUGGGGAUUCAUUGGAUGAAAAAGGACAGUGUCUAAAGAACGUCAGUAUUUCAUGAAAAGUUUGUUCCUCUUCAGACUAAGCGGAGUUCGUGCUUUUUGUGUCUGUAAAACAUUCUCUUUACACUUUACUUUCACAUUCGCUUCAGCCCGUGUCCAGAAUGUUAUAGAAUAACUCAAAACACUCACCCCUCAGUCUGUCAUUUUAAAAUAAAUAAUCCCAUCAUGAAGUAGCUAGGAAGUUGGGUGGAGAGUGGGGAGAGGCCGCCAGUGACCUUAACACUGUCCAGCAGGGGGCGGUAGGGACCCUAACACUGUCCAGCAGGGGGCAGUAGUGACCCUAACAAUGUCCAGCAGGGGGCAGUAGUGACCCUAACAAUGUCCAGCAGGGGUGAGUUGGCAGUGAUCAGAUGCAGAGACCUUGCCUGAGUACUCUGUCCCAUUAGCCCAGGGUGUUGAGGAUGAUUGAUGCCUCCGUCGCUGUCAGGAUGAGGUCAGCGACUCAGCACCAGAGUAAUGUUUUCUCGUAAUAUCGAAUUUUAAUUCCCAUUAAUAAGAGUUUUAAGUUUGAAAAUAAAAUAUUCUACAAGGAAUGAAAAGCACCAUGUAAGAACGUGUGUGGUAUUAAAGCGUCUUUUAGAUCUACCCUAGACUCUUAGCAUUGCACGACAUAAAGUGAAACUUGGGAAGAAUGCUAGUGGUAAGACGUGGAGAUUAUGUGGUUUAUGAGUGAGAGCUAUCUUUGGGCGUUAGCUGGACUUUCUCUCUCUUUCCUGCAUUGCUCCCCCCUCCCCCAUACCCUUCAACCCCAAAGGUCCAAAAUGAUUUCAAUAUUCAGAACCUGACACGGCUGAAAUGUCACUUGUGACAUAAAUAACAUCACUUGUAUAGAACAGAGACAGAUCAGUUCGAGGUAAUGCUGCAGCUAUCAGGUAGCCCAUCUGGCUAUUUAAGGCAUUUAAAAAACAAUCUGCUGCUUCCCCUUUAACCACUUCUUUACAGAUGUGGAUUGAACCCUGCAAAAGGCCUCGUAGUCCAGUCCUACUCUCCUUUUUCCUCUGUUGGCCCAAUAGCGUUUUGGUAUUUUCUGCAGCUUCCCACUCCCCUGCUUGUUUGAGGUGACCUUGCCCAGUCAUAGGCCCUGCUUGUGCUAUGGAUCCCUAUUCAGUAGUAACAUGACUGACACUUUGUAAAUGUAUUUGAUGUUAGACCCUUCCAGCUAACUGACAAAGGAGAUGUUUAUCCUGUCUGAAUCAGAGCUGGAUUUGGUGAUCCACUGCACAAUAAGUAUGUGAACAGGAGCUGAUACUUGCUGUAUACUGCAAGCAUUGUACUGAGGUAAAGGGACUUUUGAGUGGAAACCAUUUCAUUUUAUGUACAAUUUUUGAGAGAUUUCUAUAACAUUACUGUGUCUUAAGCUGAGGUUCCCUGAAAGGGGCGCAAAUAGAGUUCAAAGUAAAACAUGGUUCCAGUUUCUCCCCACCUGAUCUUUGAUAUAAUUUGAGUGAUUGUAAAUUGCUUCUUGAUUGUGGAUAUUUUUGAGAAAUUACCUUUGGCAUGUGGCAGUCUCCUACCAAUUCUUUUGUACCAAUAAUCGACCUUGUGCACUAUAUUAUAUCAAAGAUAUGUACAUAAUUCAGAUGUUUAUAUGCUUUAAAUAAAAGAUAUUUCCAUAA